AUGCGGGCUCUGGUCAUUGUCUUCGCCGUCGCUGUAGCGCUGGGAGGGGCUCACGCCUGGGACAUCAUCCAUCUCGACCCCCAAAUCUUUUGCACAGCCAAAAGCUCUGGCUGCAAGUGCUCCGUGUGCCAGCUGUGCGGCAAGUUCCCCAUCACCAACAAGCCCCGCUGCCUGAAGUGCGCGCCGGGCUGGCGCCUCAACAAAGCCGCCGGCGUGUGCGUCAAGUGCAAGCGCGCACACUGCGUCAAGUGCAACGCCGCCACGCUAGAGAAGUGCCUGCAGUGCAAGGAGGGCUACAAGCCCAACGCCAACGGCGUGUGCAAGCCGUACUGCGUAGAGGGCAAGGACGGCUGCGCCAAGUGCACGACGCAGGGGAACAAGAAGUGGUGCAGCCUGUGCCAGGAGCCCUCCUUCAUCCAGGGCCAGUGGACCAUCUGGUACCCCUCCCCCUACAACACCUGCCACAAGUGCGCCAUCCACGACCCCUCCUGCCACAUGUGCGACGUCACUUGCACCAAGUGCGUGCUCUGCGACGACCCCGGCAACAACGCCAUCUGCUGA